CAAAUCAUUAUCCGGUUUUAUUAUUCAACUACCUGAGUGCAAGCUCUGGAAGGAUUCUAGAGCUACUUCCCUACCUUAUAGGAUCUACCUACGUAGGUGGGGGUAGUUAGUCAUACUAACAGACUCAACAUGACGAUACUCAGUUCUAUAAGUCGGUGGCUUCCGCCCAGUCGGAGUGGUACCACGUAUACUAUCGCCGAACAAUCCGCCGACUCUCUCAGUCUUGACCCAUUUCUCAUGUCAUUUAUAGUCCGGCUUGAUUCCUGGUAUGAUCAAUUAAACAUCGCUUCUCGUCUGCUCCUGUUUUCAAGUCUUGUUUCAUCAUUUGCAAUCACAUGGAGUUGGUGUUCUGGAAGAUUAAAUAGGGGAGCAAUGAUUCGAUAUAUCAUGCUGCUGUUGGCGACUCUACUGUCACUGUCGAGCCUCGUUCCAGGGCAGCCGACAUCGACCAUCAACAAAUAUGCUCUGAGCUCCGAAGAUGACCCCGAUCCUAAUCCAGACGUUGGUCAACCUAUCAUCCCUAAUAUCGUUGAUCCCCAAGCCAUCAACCCCCAAACUGUUUGUCCAGGCUAUGUAGCUUCUAAUGUGAAGAACACGAGUAAUGGCUUUACGGCAGAUCUCACUUUGGCUGGAGAAGCUUGUAAUGUUUACGGCACCGACAUCGAAGCUCUGAGCCUAACCGUCGAGUAUCAAGCGGUGGAUCGACUGCACGUCGAGAUACUGCCCCGCUACAUCGGCACUGAGAAUUAUACUUGGUUUAUCCUCCCUGAAGAAUUGAUCCCAAAGCCUCAGAUCGAAGAAAAUUUUGACUCCUCGGAUAGUGAUCUAGACUUCACUUGGAGCAACGAGCCUACAUUUUCAUUUAAAGUCACUAGAAGAAGCACUAGCGAUGUCUUGUUUACCACGGAAGGCUCCCAAUUAGUUUAUGAAAAUCAGUUCAUCGAAUUUGGCUCGUCUUUGCCUGAGAAUUACAACUUGUACGGCCUUGGUGAGGUGAUCCAUGGAUUCAGACUUGGAAACAACUUUACUCGGACCUUCUUCGCAGCUGACGUAGGCGAUAAUAUCGAUGCCAAUAUCUAUGGAAACCAUCCUAUUUACCUUGAUACUCGUUAUUUUGAGGUAGACAAAGGUACUGGGGCUCUAACAUACGCUCCGGAUGCUACAGAUAAGUCGACUCAGUAUAAGUCAUAUACCCACGGUGUUUUUCAACGCAGCGCCCAUAUCCAGGAAGUCUUGCUACGAGAAACCAACAUUACGUGGAGAGCGCUCGGCGGCAGUAUCGAUCUCUACUUCUACGAAGGUCCUACUCAGGAUAAAAUUACCAAGUCAUACCAAAAGAGUGCGAUCGGAUUACCUGCGAUGCAGCAGUACUGGACCUUUGGUUACCACCAAUGCAGAUGGGGUUACAACAACUGGACUGACCUCCAAAACGUUAUUGAAAACUUUGCUAAAUCCGAAAUUCCUCUCGAGACAAUCUGGUCCGACAUCGACUACAUGAAAGCGUACAGAGAUUUUGAAAACGACCCAGAUCGCUUUAGCUAUGAUGAAGGGGCCGAAUUCCUGUCGCGCCUACAUCAAAAUGAUCAACAUUACGUGCCUAUCAUCGAUUCGGCCAUAUAUGUGCCGGAUCCCACUAAUUCCAGCGAUGCAUAUACCCCUUUUAAUCGAGGUGUUGAGCAAGAUGCCUUUCUACUCAACCCUGACGGAUCUAUCUACGUCGGAGAAGUUUGGCCCGGUUUCACUGUUUUCCCUGACUGGAUUGGUGCUCUAUUUAAUGGCACUGGAGCCAACAGGUGGUGGAUAUCCGAGGUUGCCGAGUAUUACAGUAAGAUCAAGUUCGACGGUAUCUGGAUCGAUAUGUCAGAAGUCUCGUCAUUCUGCGUGGGCAGCUGCGGCAGUGAUGAACGGAACAUGGAUCUUCCAAGGGAGUCCAGAAAUGAGAUCCGGCAGUUCCCUGAGAUUGUCGAUCCAACCAAUGUUAGGAAAGUAGCUAUUGAAGCCCGGGAAGAUCCUACUCCGACCUCAUAUCUUCGUACUACCCCGACUCCGGGCGUUCGGAACGUCAACUGGCCCCCGUACGCUGUCAACAAUUUCAACGGCGAUCUUGCCGUCCAUGCCGUCAGCCCCAAUGCGACACACCACGGUGGGAUCAUAGAGUACGACGUCCAUAACGUAUACGGACAUCAAAUUCUGAACGCUACCUAUCAUGCCCUUUUGAAUGUCUUCCCUGAGAAGCGACCGUUCAUUAUCGGACGAUCUCAAUUUGCAGGCUCUGGAAAAUGGGCUGGUCAUUGGGGGGGCGAUAACUAUUCUCUCUGGGCGUUCUUAUUUUUCUCCAUCCCACAGGGCCUGUCUUUCUCCCUUUUCGGUAUCCCCAUGUUCGGCGUCGACACUUGUGGUUUCGCCGACGAUGUUGAUGAAGAGUUGUGUUCACGCUGGAUGCAAUUGUCUGCUUUCUUCCCGUUCUACCGAAAUCACAAUACGCAAGGGGCUGCUAGCCAGGAGCCGUACCUUUGGCCGUCUGUAGCAGAAGCUUCUAGGGCGGCCAUGAAGAUCCGAUACGCGCUGCUGCCAUAUAUCUACACGACUUUCUAUCUCAGCCAUUCUACUGGUUCAACGGCCCUCCGUGCUCUGGCCUGGGAAUUUCCGGAUGAGCCAUGGCUAGCUAAUGCCGAUAGGCAGUUCCUUCUCGGUGAUGCGGUCUUAGUUACUCCUUGCUUAGUUCAGGGUGCUACGACCGUCGACGGUGUUUUCCCUGGCGUAGGUUCUGGUACCGUCUGGUAUGAUUGGUACAACAAGACGUCGAUCACAGGAGUUGCGUCCGGGCAAAACGUCACUAUUGAUGCGCCACUAGGUCAUAUCCCGGUUUACGUGCGAGGCGGGAAAGUUAUACCUCUGCAAGAGCCAGGUCUAACCACCGCAGCCGUUAGAGCCAGUCCCUGGAGUCUCCUUGUCGCAUUAGAUGGUGACGGACAUGCUAGUGGAGGACUAUACCUCGACGAUGGAGAGAGCCUUGUGCCUAAUAGUACUACAUGGGUUGAUUUCACCGUCGAAAAUUCGUCUUUGAAGGCCACGCCUCGCGGAAAUUUCGAAGACAAGAAUGUGCUGGGCAAUGUGACGAUCCUAGGAGCUCAAGAUCCCGUAUCCAAAGUAGAGUUGAACGGGAAAGAGGUUCCUACUGGCGCGUGGAGCUUACAGGACUCGAGUAAAGUCCUAACGAUUACAGAUCUUGACACGUUGACGGCGGGUGGUGCUUGGUCGGGUGAAUGGACUUUGAGUUGGUCGUGAAUAUAAUUAUAGUGGCCUGCUAUUUAGUUGUAGUAUUAUCUUAACAACAUCUUACUGAGAUCCGCGAUAGUCCUUGUGCUCAAAUAAGCCAGCGUCGC